GUUCACUUAAUGCAAUAAACUGAACGCGGCCUGAGGAUACUUCGUAGCAGGAUGUUCAAACAGGACCUGACCAUUUGCUUUAAGUCUGAACAAAAUGCCUCAAGGUUUAACAGACAUUCUUACAGAGUGGCAAAGCUUGGAAGAAGAUUAUGAAAAGCUUCAGGAGACACACAGAAUGUACUUGCAGAAAUUGGAUGAAGUAUCCAAACUGCAAAACAGCUGCUCUUCCUCCAUUUAUAGACAGCGGAAAAGGGUGAAUGAGAUAUCCCAACUUGUGAAAAACUGCAGCAAAGGGCCGUCAGAAGACGAUGCUAAGACACUGGACAAAAUAAAAGAGAAAAUGAAGACGCGAUCAAAUGCUUUCUUUGAAAUGGAAGCUUUCCUUCCCAAGAAAAAUGGCUUAUACCUUAGUCUGGUUCUUGGAAAUGUCAAUGUCACUCUCCUCAGUAAGCAGUCAAAAUUUGGUUAUAAAGAUGAAUAUGAGAAGUUCAAGCUAUGUCUCACAGUCAUCCUGCUGCUGUUCUCCUUCAUAUGCUAUUUCUCUCUGAGCUACAGAUUUCUUGAUGCUAUCCUCAACUUCCUGCUGUUGUGGUACUACUGUACAUUGACUAUCAGGGAGAGCAUCCUAAUCACCAAUGGCUCCAGAAUCAAAGGAUGGUGGGUUUUUCAUCACUAUGUGUCAGCUUUUUUGUCCGGCGUAAUGCUGACAUGGCCUGAUGGGAUCCUGUACCACACAUUCAGGAGCCAAUUCCUUGCUUACUCCUUGUAUCAAAGUUUUGUUCAGUGUCUGCAGUGCUAUUAUCAAAGUGGGUGUCUGUACAGGCUGCGAGCCCUGGGAGAAAGACACAACAUGGAUCUGACUGUGGAGGGAUUUCAGUCCUGGAUGUGGAAAGGGCUGACGUUUCUUUUGCCCUUCCUGUUUUUUGGUCAUUUCUGGCAGCUCUUCAAUGCCCUUUCACUAUUCAGAAUGGCUCAGCUACCAGACUGUAAGGAAUGGCAGGUCUUGACGUGUAGUCUCUGCUUCCUUAUUCUGUUCAUGGGAAACUUCUUCACUACCGUUGCAGUCGUUCGUCAGAAGUUGAAGAGCAGGAACCAGAAACCAAAGAGUCUUUGAUACAUAAAGAUAAAUGAACACAUUUAUUCUUGAACAUGUAGAGUAACACAGUCCGAAUGAAAUGAAAACAUUAACAUUAUUACUUUUAGUGAAAUCAACUUAUUUCAGCUAAAAAACAAUCUGUGUAAUGAUUAAUCUGUUGUCAUUAAUGUUAAAUCAUAAAUCUAAUACCUUCAUGUUUGCAUAUUUGUAUAAUUAAAACGAUAAAAAUAAAAACAACGCACCAAAAUCAUCCCCAAUAAAGUGUAUAA